AUGAAGAUCUGUGGAGACGUGCUUCGAGAAAGAUGUAGCUAUACCUCUGGUUUGAUCUAUUUUCCUGAUAUAUGGAUUAAAGGGAUAGAAAUGUGGGAUACACAGCCUGUGGUAUGUAACCCUAUCACGGGACGGUAUGGGAUCUUACCUGUACUGAUGAGGUACAGAAAGUCGAAAAGCGUUUUAGGGUUUAAUCCGAUGGGCAAGCAAUUCAAGGUAGUGGCUGAGUCUUUUCCGUUUUGUAGUGAAAGGGAUCACCAUAAAAUUCUGACGUUAGGAAACGGAAAACUUGGGUGGAGGAGUAAGAAUUCUCAUUGUCCCUCAUACCGUGAGUCUUUGGGUCAAGGAAUAUGCAUCAAUGGGUUUUGUUAUUUCUUAGUUGAUCAUUAUAAGGAACCGUAUAGUGUGAUACUUUGCGUUCAUGUCAGGUCUGAGAAAUUCAAGCUUAUUGACGCGGGUUGCUUUUGUUAUCUGAAUAAAGUCAAAUUGGUAAACUAUAAAGGUAGAUUAGGUGGGAUUAGUUUCACGUAUGCUAUCUAUGAUGGUAUGCUUACAAAUACCCUUGAGUUGUGUAUGUGUGUUCUAGAGGAUGUGGAGACUCAGGAAUGGUCUAAAAGUGUCUACAGUUUGGGAGCGAAGGCACCGCUUGAUCCAUUGAAUCAUUACGUCGUUGGAGUGACUUCUGCUGGUGAAAUUGUUUUGUCAUCUAAGGAUACAACUAAACAGUUUUAUGUUUUCUACUUUAGUCCCGAAAGGAACACUCUCCAAAAAGUUGAAAUCCAAGGUUUAAAGGAUAAAUGUAGUGUUCACGUUUUUGUAGACCAUGUAGAGGAUAUUGACGUUAACGAUGCAAACCAGCUCUCAAGGCCAGUGAAGGAAGGCCUAGAGAUCACCAGGAAAAGGCCAGUACCACCAAAACAACCAAAACCACAAAAGCAGCAUACAUCACGUGGCCUCGGAAAGUCUCAUCCAUCUGUGAAGAACAAGCAGCCGGCAAUCCUCCUCGGUAACAAGUACGAAUUAUUAACUGACGACAUAGAGUGA